AUGACAAGAGAAGGAUACCAUUCUCCGAAGAGUUCAACUGCAUCCACAACCUCAAGUACUCAAACCUCUGCAAGUGAUGAUUUUUCUCCCAGGAGUUUGGAGAAGCAUUGCCGUCCAAUUGAUGUUGUAAGAAUGGAAACCGGAGUUAAAGGAACUGUUAUGGAAAGGUUGUCCCACAUUGAGGAUCGCUUACUAAAGCUAGAGGAGGAGAUGGAAGCUGAGAGAAGGAGAUCAGUGGCAGCGGCCGCCCCUGUUCUGCCGGCUGUGGCGGCGGCGCCAUCGUCGGAGAAAACGAGUUCCAGGACUGCGAGAAAAAGUUUGAAGAGCUUGGUUAGAUCAUGCGUCAAGGGGAAAAAGGAGUCCAACUCCAAACCUUGGAAGUAG